CUUUCUGCAGGAGGCCUCGGAAGUUUCUACAUCGUGGAGGAAAAAGAGGGGCGGGUUCGAAAUCCAAACGAGAGCAUACAAGGACAACGAUCCGUUCUUGUUCCCUUCGAUUAGAGAGAGAAAGAAGGGAAGAGAGAGAGAGAGAGAGAGAGAGAGAGAGAGAGAGAGAGAGAGAGAGAGAGGUGAGAGAGAGGAGCGGCGUAGAGGAUGGCGGCGAUGGCUCCGCUGCCGGUGCCGGCGAGCGUCGUAAAGCAGGCGGAGCAACUGAAGCAAGACGGGAACAGCUACUUCAAGAAGGAACGCCUGGGGGCCGCCAUCGACGCCUACACCGAGGCAAUUACGUUGUGCCCGAAUGUGGCGAUUUAUUGGACGAACCGAGCCUUGUGCUAUCGGAAGCGGAAUGAAUGGAACAAAGUCGAAGAGGAUUGUAGGAGGGCAAUUCAGCUCGACAGCAAUUCUGUGAAGGCACACUAUAUGUUGGGGCUUGCAUUGCUACAGAAACAUGAUUAUUCUGGGGGAAUCAAGGAAUUGGAGAAGGCUUUGGAACUUGGGAGAGGUGCUAACCCAGCAAGCUACAUGGUCGAGGAGAUUUGGCAGGUUCUUGCCAGAGCAAAGUACAUGGAAUGGGAAGAUUCAUCUAGCAAGCGGGCACCUAGGCUGCAGAAUUUGAGGGAAGUAUGUGAAAAAGCAUUUUUAAAUUAUUAUUCUAUCGAUGCAUCUGAAGCUGAAGAUGGCCCCAAAGAAAAUGACCAUUCCCAGCAGUUGGAAUGCCUCCACGAGGUGUUUAACAAAGCUGCACAGGCUGAUACACCAUCAGAAGUGCCUGACCACUUGUGUUGUAAAAUUACGCUUGAUAUCUUUCGUGACCCUGUGAUUACUCCAAGUGGCAUUACUUAUGAAAGGGCAGUGCUUCUUGAUCAUCUUCAGAGGGUGGGCAGGUUCGAUCCUGUCACAAGGGAGCCACUUGAUCCACACCAACUGGUACCAAACCUUGCUAUCAAGGAAGCUGUUCAAGCAUUCCUCAGUGAGCAUGCUUGGGCAUACAAGAUAUCCUAAAUGUUCUGAUUCCUGUACCCUAUAAUCAAGGAGGUUACAUGGCUCUAGUUGCGUGCAGGUACAACCAUUAAGUGGGAAGGAUUUUAUGUUGUAUUCAUGUUGUUACAUUUUCUUCAAUGUUUCUCAGUCUUUUCACCAACUUGUGAGAAAACUUUGUUGAGCGUACAUGUACAGAUGGCCGAUUUUAUGCUUUGCAGUACAGUCUGAUAGUGCUUGAUGUAAAACCCAUCCUUUUGGGUACCAUUUAUACAGAUGGAUAGAAAGCUUUGGAUUGGCAAUGAGCAUAUAUAGUUUUGGGCA